AUGAGCGCAGCGCAUCGGCCUUCUCGACGUUUCCGAAGGGGCGGCUCUCAGAGCUUCCAUUCCGGGCGCCUUCCUGACCUCCCCUGGCUCUGCGCGCGCGGCCUCCGUCCUGUGAACGUCCCCGUGUCCAUCCCUCCUUCAGGGAUGCUGGCGCAUCCCUGCACCAGCAGCCGCACCGUCGGGCUUUCCCGUCCGGGCCGCGCCACCGACUUCGAGCUGUGGGCCGCGCCGGCGUCUGUCUGUCCCGGCAACGCUCCGGGAGCCCUGGGACCUCCCUCCCGGUCUGCGUGGCGCGUGCGUUUGACCUCGUGA